AAAAGCGAAGGAGAAAGGAAAAAGUGUGUGAAAAUGGUCGAAAUCGCGAGUUUUGUUCUGGAUGUUGUCAACUGUUGGCUGCUUCGAUUGGGCGUCCAUUUAAAUACUUGUACAACUACAAUACCAAUUUCAAAAAUCUCGAAAAGGAAGGUACGAAGCUGAAGAAUACAAGAGGCGAAGUGCAGGUUAAGGUUACUGCUGCUGAAAGAAACUUGGAAGAGAUCAACCAGACUGUUAAGGACUGGCAGACGGAUGUUGAGAAGACCAUUAAUGAAGCGAGCAGUUGAUUCAAGCAAAAGAAAACAACCCACGAUGUUUCAAGGGAUUGUGCCCCAACUUGAUCAUCCGCUACAAACUUAGUAGGAAAGCACUGGAUUAAAGCGGGAUGAUUGGUUCACUCUUGCAGGAAGAAAAGGAAUUCAAAGAAGUUGCCCAUCCAACUAAUCCACCAGAGAUCUGGCUUAGAUCUAACCAAGAUAUUGGCUUUCGAAUCAGAAACUCCACAGUGAAGAAUGUAUGGGAUGCAUUGAAGAAUGAGAAUAUCUACAUGAUCGGUGUUACGGAGGGUGGUUGGGAAGACCACUCUUGUGCAGGAAGUUGGAGACAAGCCGAGAAGGAUAAGCUCUUUGAGGAGAUUGUUUUUGUAGAGGUAACAGAAACUCCGGAUACAAAAAAAUUCAAAUAGCAAUUGCAAAAAAGUUAGGUCUUGAGUUUGAAGAGAAGGAAGAUGAGAGUGACAGAGCAAAAAAGUUAUAUUCUAGAAUAGAGAAGAGAAUAUCCUUUUAAUUGUAGAUAAUAUUUGGAAAGAGUUAGAGGUGACGUCGGUGGAAUUCCUUCCGAAGCUGAUCGUGGAAGAAGUAAAAUAUUGAUGACAACAAGAAAUGUAGAUAUGUUGGAGAAGAUGGGUUCCACAAAAAAUAUCGGGAUGGGCAUUUUAAAUGAAGAAGAGCUUGGAGCCUAUUCAAGAAAAUGGCAGGUAAUGUUAUUCAAACACCUGAAUUGAAUUCUUUACCAAAUGAUGUAUGCAAAGAAUGUGGAGGUUUGCCCAUUAUCAUUUGUACUAUAGCAAAGGCAUUAAGGAACAGAAGACAAAAAUCUCAAUGGGAAGAUGCUUUGCGAAUACUAAGAAUGCCUUCCCCAGCAAAGUUCACAAGACUUUUAGAAAAGGAAUAUUCAAAGAUUAAGUUGAGUUAUGAUUAUUUAGAAGAUGAUGAGCUCAAGAAAACUUUCAUAAUUUCUAGUCUAAUGGAAAACGACACUUCCAUUUCAAACUUGCUCAAGAAUAUCGUUCGUUUGGGUAUACUUGAAGGAGCUAACCUUACAAUAGAGCAAGCACGAAAUAGACUAGAUUCAGUGGUCAAGGAACUCAAGGACUCUUGCUUGUUACUUGAUGGUAGAACCAAAAGAAGAUUUUCUAUGCAUGACGUUGUUCGCAUUGUUGCUUUAACAUGUGCAUAUACAGAUCACCAUGUAUUUACAGAAAGAAAUGACAUUGAAAGUGAAUGGAAGGAUAAAGAUAAACUUAGAAAAUGCACAAUUAUCUCUUUAGUUGGUAAUAAAAUUAUUACUCAACUUUGGCCUGAAGCAUUAGAUUGUCCAGAGCUUGAAUUUCUUAAUAUGAGUGAGAGGGGUUCUUCUUUCGAAAUCCCUAAGGAGUUUUUUAUGGUGAUGCCAAAGCUAAAAGUUUUAAAUUUAUCUAGAGUACAAAAGUCGUCGUUGCCGUCGUCAUUUGAUCUUUUGACAACCUUUUUAAAUUUAUUUAGAAUACAAAAGUCGUCGUUGCCGUCGUCACUUGGUCUUUUGACAAACCUUCAAACAUUGUGUUUAGAUGGUAGCGAAAUUGAAGAUGUUGCUAUUAUUGGAAAGCUUAAGCAGCUAAAAGUCCUUAGCUUGCGAAAUACUAGAAUUAAGAAUUUGCCUACAGAAAUGGAUCAGUUGACUGGAUUAAAGUUUUUGGAUUUAAGCAAUUGUUGGCAAUUAAAAGUUAUUGUGCCAAAUGUGAUAUCAAAACUAUUGCAACUAGAAGAACUGUAUAUAAAAGGAUGCAAUAUUCAGUGGAAGGUAGAAUUACUCAAGGAGUUGAAGCACUUGACUCAAUUGACCACUUUAAAAUUAGAUAUUAAAAAUGACAUAGUUUUGCCUCAGGUCUUCUUUUCCAGAGAGCUUAGAAGGUACAAGAUAUCAAUGGGUAAUGAAUGGUGGAACUCAUAUGGUUGGCCCAAAUCCAAUUACAAAUUUUCAAGAAUUUUGAAAUUUAAAUAUGAUUCUACCAUCUCUUUAGAAGAAUUACGAAUUCUCAAGAAUGUUGAACUCUUAGGGUUGGUCGAAUUUUCAGAUGAUGAUAACAAUCUCACGCCACUUUUUAACAAAAAGGUUAUCUUCUAUGAUUUGACGGCCUUGGCACUAGAAGUUACUAGUUCUAGAAAGAUUUGGGACAGCCAACCUCCAACAUUCAUGUCUUCCUUGGCACACUUGACCUUGAAGGGAUGUAAAAAAAUAAAAUAUGCGUUUUCAAUUUGCAUAGUCAAAAGCCUCCAGGCUUUACAAUACCUUGUGAUAAGAGAUUGUGAGGUUUUAGAACAGAUUGUUGCGGAAGAAGGAGUAGAAGCCGUUGUUACUUUUGCCUUUCCGCAGAUAACCUUUUUGAUGCUUGAAAAUUUACCAAAACUUACAGCUUUUUGUCAUGGUAUAGAUACUUGGGAAUUGCCAAUGUUAGAAGGGUUGGUGGUGAAGGAAUGCGAAAAAUUCACUUCAAAGUAUCUAAGCUUCCAUGAAAAUUCACUUCGUAUAUUGGACAAUGAGAUCAACCAUGAUUUGGAGGUAUUUAAUUUAAAGGAUGGUGCGAAAGAGGUUAUAUGGCAGAGUCACACUAAAGCUCUUAAGAUCUCAUAUGAUAACUCAACAGAUAUUCCACUUGGACUCAUUCCAAGAUUUGAAAAUCUGAAUGAGCUUAGACUAUAUUUGCCUGAUCAAUACAAAGAGCUAUCAUUUCCAAAUCUUCCAAAUCUUGAAGUUCUAGAUGUACAGGGUUGUAGCAAAUUGAUAAGUCUAGUGUCAUCUUCAGCUUCUUUUCAAAAUCUUAAAGUUCUAAGAGUUUUCUUUUGCAAUGGGUUGAUGAAGUUAAUAACACCUUCAAUGGCUAGAGGCUUGGUGCAACUGAGAGAGAUGAGUGUAGAGUAUUGUGAAAUGUUGAUUGAAAUAGUAGAAAAUGAGGGAGACGCAACAACAACCGAAAUUGUUUUUAACAAUUUGAAUAAGUUGUCACUUACAUGUUUAGAAAGUCUCACAUGCUUUUGCUCUGGGAAUUACUUAUUCAAUUUUCCAUCUUUGGAAGACUUAAUUAUACGGUAUUGCCCCAAUAUGAAGACUUUCUCUCAAGGAAUCUUAAGUACACCAAAGUUGCAAAAAGUCAAUUAUGAGAGCUUUAAAGAGACUGAAGAUGUUAGGGAGGAAGAGGAAGAAGACUGGGAGAGAAUGGAGGUAGAGAAUGAGGAGAAUGAUCUUAAUAAAACCAUACAAGGAGCAUACAAGAAACAAGACAUCUCCCUUUAUUUAAAGUUCUUGACAUUCCAAGAUGAUAGUUCUACAGAGAUUUGCUACAAUCAACAUCCAAAUUCCUUCUAUCAAAAUUUGACACACUUGAUUUUGUCAGGUUGUGAAAACAUAAAAUUUGCAUUUCCAUCUUCCAUUGCCCAAAGCCUCCACAAACUCCAAUACCUAAAGAUACAUAAUUGUAAGGUUUUAGAGGAGAUUGUUGCAAAAGAAGAAGGAGCAAAUGGAGUUGUCAAUUUUGUCUUUCCACAUGUAACCUUUUUUAAGCUUGAAGAUCUACCAAAACUUAGAGCUUUCUAUCCUGAAAUACAUACUUCCGAAUGGCCAAUGUUAAAAGAGUUGCUGGUGAUAAAUUGUGACAAAUUAUCAUCAAAAUAUCUAAGCUUCAAAGAAAACAAUGAGGAGAAUGGACUUAAUAUUUCAAAUCCAAAUUCUAUCUUUUUGGACGAUAAGAUCAACAACGAUUUGGAGGUAUUUGAAUUAAAGAAUGGUAGGUCAUGGGGUGAGAAAUGGAUUAUAUGGCAGAGUCAAUCUAAAGCUCUUGAGAUCGGAUAUGAUAACUCAGUAAAUAUUCCACUUGGAUUCCUUCAAAGAUUUGAAAAUCUGAAUGAGCUCAAACUAUUUUGGUGUGAUCAAUAUAAAGAGCUAUUCUUUCCAAAUCUUCCAACUCUUGAAGUUCUAAAUUUACAGGACUGUAUCGAAUUGAUGAGUCUAAUGUCAUGCUCAGCUUCUUUCCAGAAUCUUAAAGUUCUAAGAGUUGACCAUUGCGAAAGGUUGAUGAAGUUAAUAACACCUUCAACGGCUAGAGGCUUGGUGCAAUUGAGAGAAAUGAGCGUAGAGUAUUGUGGAAUGUUGGUUGAAAUAGUAGAAAAUAAGGGAGAUGCAACAACAACUGAAAUUGUUUUUAACAAUUUGAACAAGUUGUCAUUUACAUGUUUGAACAACCUCACAUGCUUUUGCUCUGGGAAUUACUCUUUCAAUUUCCCAUCUUUGGAAGACUUAAUUAUACGGUUUUGCCCCAAUAUGAAGACUUUCUCUCAAGGAAUCUUAAGCACACCAAAGUUACACACAUUUUAUUAUGACAACUGCGAGAUGGAUUUAGAGAGUGGCGGGAGUGAGCUUAAUGCAACCAUUCAAAAAGAACACAAAGAAAAGGUACUGUUUUGCAAAUAUUGCGUUAGAAUAAGAUUCACAUAUUUCCUUCCAGCAUUGGAAGCUUUAAUCUAGUGUUAUGCAAAACUGGCUUAUUUCAGCAUAAGGUUUGCAUUCGGACUCUAACAUUGGCAUUGGGAAAUUAUGUAAUUAUCAUAAUUAC